UGUGGGAGCUUCCGUGAGGCCAGUGAACGCAUCGCUGGUUUCCAGGGAGUGGCACGUGCACCUGUCCGACCUGUUGGAGGGGACACGUGACUCCGCAGGAAUUUACCCCGCUGCUCCCGUCCUUUGUCCAACAGAGUGUUUCCUGCGGGAGAGCCACAGGAGAGGGGGAGUCACCGAGAAGAGACGGGUCCACAUAGAGAUGUCGGAACCAGCCACUAACCCCGCUGCCACCUCGUUCCCUGCGCCAUACGUCACGCUACCUCUGGGACUGGCGGUCUUGAGAACUUAUUCCGGAGCCCUCAUCUGCUUAGAAAUAUUAUUUGGUGGUCUAGUAUGGAUCCUGGUGGCGUCCUCCGGGGUACCUGUGCCUCUGCUGCAGGGCUGGGUGAUGUUUGUGUCGCUCAUCACCUUCAUCCUCUCCUCCAUGUACCUCUCGCUCUUCGUCACCGGCCUGGCUGACCGCAUCAACACCGACUGGAAUGUCUUGGACGUGGUCUACCAUUUUUGGGCUUUGCUUUUUUACUUUGCUGCCUUUUUGUUGGAGGCAGCAACUACAGCAGCUAGUGUAGGAGUCCUCAUCAAGCCCAACAGCACUGAAACGGUCCUGUGUAUAAAGCAACCUCAGGGCAAUAUUUUGACAUUGCUGAAUGGGAGGCAAUAUGGUAUUAAUGUUGCAGCCACGAUAUUUGCAUUUGUGGUGACACUAUGCUACGGCUGCAGCAUGGCGAUGGGCUUCAAGAGGUGGAGGAUGUAACCUUGCAACCCAGCGCAAACUAGUUUAAUAACUGCUUCAUACCCCAGCAUUGUAAGUCCUUUUAUCCAGCUCCCUUCAGUGCACCGUUUCUUCCCAAACUAACAUCCUCAGAGGAAAAAAUAUAGAUGACAAGAUUUCUGAACAAUAAUAUCCGUGCAGGACAUCUUCUUCUGUGCUAUUGAUAGGUUCAGAGACAUGGCUGUUAAAGGUAUUUUGAGGACAAGGUUAAAGAAGAGCAGUUUUAGUUGAGCAUACUGUACCAUGAAUGUAAAAGGAUAUGCAGGGAUCAUUUUUUCAAUCCACUUCGGUGAAACUACAAUUUCCCCCAUUUCCUGAAUAACGUCCUCAUUGGAGCACACCCCAUUUCUAUUAAUACAAAAGCAUGCCUAUGAAUGCUGCUCUUGGGUAAUAUAUAGCCAUACACGUACUAUUGCCCCAUUUUCACAUCCUCAUUGCAGGGAAUAUAUCCCCAUUCCUAACACAAGAAAAACAUACUGUAGGAAAUGAAUGUGAUAAUGUAAUGAUAAUUUGUCUGAAAGAGCCUGAAAGGCAAGAUGAGUGUUUCUGAUGUCCUCUGGUUACCUUGGUGCUAAGGAGCUGUAAACACACUCUAGUUUUAACACAACUGACUGUGAUUACAUGUUUUUGUGGCCACUAUUUAUAAUGUGAGUGGAUCUAAUAUUUAAAUUUCAAAGUUGUACUUUCUUUUCGUGAGCUUUUUGUCAAAUUGCUUUAUUGGGCAUAUGAUGUUUUUAACAGUAUUGUAGGUAUUGUACAUUCCCAGUCCACAUUAUUCACAUAACAAUAUCUGCUACUGUUCAAACCUGCUGAGUGCUAUGUGGUUAACUCCAUGUGAGGUACUGAUUAUUUUGAUCAACAUUAUAACAAUAGAUGUGUCCUAAUUAAGUAAUGGAUCAAUAAAGUUUGGGUUGUUGAAUGUUUAUAGAGUUAUAAUCCGAAAUGCAAUUGUGUUAAGGCAUCAUAACUUUCCAAAAUCAAUAACUAUUUUGCUACAUGAUUUAGAAGUUAUAUAUGGUGUUUAUUUGUGUUGGCAUCAGGCUAUUAAAUGUUACAGAUGUAAAAAGGGUUUUUUGCACCUGCUGCUUGUUUGUUUUUGAACUUUAAAUCUAAUCUUUAAAAACUACAGAAAUAAAGGUUUUGAAGUGAAAAACUCC